AUGGCCGAGAAAUCCAUAUCAGCAAGCGUCUGGCAGCCAGAGACAGUCAAGUGCGUCAAGCUCGAGAAGGAUUUGGCUGCCUUCACCAAUGACCCUCUAGGUAUGACGCACCCGACGAGCGUCAACCUCUUCACCUGCGAGCCGUGA